CUGUCAGCUGCACAUAAACGGGUCUGACCCCUCAGCGACAGCAGAGGACGGCCGUCUGUCUGUCUGUCUCCGCGUUCCGUCUUCACCUGACCGCAAAAGAUGUCUUCCAGAGACUAUGAUGGAAACUCGCCUGGACUGCAGCAGCAGCCGCAGUGGCGCAGGACGUGCGACAGAAAAGCGCCAAAAAAGAGCGCAGAGCAGUGCGGACCGCGCGGCAGGCGCAGAAUGAAGGCCAACGACCGGGAGCGCCACCGGAUGCACAACCUGAACUCUGCGCUGGACGCACUGCGGAACAUCUUGCCGGCGCUGCCGGAGGACGCGAAGCUCACCAAGAUAGAAACGCUGCGCUUCGCCCGCAACUACAUCUGGGCGCUGACGGAGACGCUGCGAAUGGCGGACCAUCACGCAAACCCCGCGGCGUGGGACGCGGGAUCUCCCGCAGAGUCCCGGUGCGCCACCGCUGCUGAUGAACUGAGCUGCAAAAGUUUUAUUCCGGUCACUAUUUAUUUCAGGUCGAUCCAUGGGGAGAAAGUCAUCAGAAACUCUUGGUAGAAACUGAUUCUUUAGCUUGAAAAUGUCAAACUGUAUGGAGCUAAAAUAUGGCCAUAACGUUUGUGCAAAUGAUAACAAUGAAACAGAAAAAUUAUUUUGAAACUGAAAAAAAUAUAUAUAACUGAAAUAUAUAUAUGUAUAUAUAUACAUUUAAAGCUGAAAAAAUAUUUGAAUCUGAAAUAGAUCUGAACCUAAAAAAAGUUCUAAAACUGAAAAAAAAAGAAAUCUUACUAAAUUAAAACAG